AUGGAGGCAGCCGUGCAGCAGACAAAAAAGAUCAUUACACGCGAGUUGUCGACCCCUUCACGAAUCCAAACUGACUACAAUGUCGACAAUGAAACCGCUUUUAACCCCGUAACAAUCGGUCUCGAGUCUGACUUUGUUUUAACGGAUUUUAGCGCUCUUAAAGGUUGUGGCUGUAAACUUCCUCAAUCGAAAUUAUUGAGCUAUUUAAAUGACUUGGAAAACGAUCUCAAACCCAAUGAGACACCAGGAAUGGAUUCAAGUGUAGUCAAGAUUUCACAUGGAAAGGACUUGUUUCUUGUAUCGACUACUGAUUUCUUCUUCCCUUCGGUUGAAGACCCCUAUGUACAGGGCAAGAUCGCCUGUGCGAAUGUCCUGUCCGAUGUCUACGCUAUGGGCGUUACUCAAGUGGAUACAAUGCUCAUGAUCCUAGGAGUGUGCAGAGACAUGAACGAGAAACAACGGGACGUUGUCACGACGUACAUGAUCCGUGGCUUUAAUGACCUGGCACGUCAGGCACACACCAAUGUUACUGGUGGUCAGACGGUUAUGAACCCAUGGCCUCUUGUUGGUGGUGUUGCUAUGAGUGUACGCAGCGAGAGUCAAAUCAUUCGUCCAGAGAAUGCCGUAGUGGGGGAUGUGAUUAUCCUGACAAAGCCGCUCGGUACUCAAGUUGCGGUAAACCUUUUUCAAUGGAAGAAAAAGCCUGAGCGCUGGCAGCGUUUGCAAGAGAUUGUUACACCUGAAGAUGCCGACGUGGCUUUCCAGAUGGCAUCGGAAUCCAUGAGCCGACUCAAUCUAAACGCUGCCAAGAUGAUGCACAAGCAUGGUGCACACUCUGCAACGGACGUGACGGGCUUCGGUAUUCUUGCUCACGCGCGCAACCAAGCCAAGUCACAGCUGGGUGAUGUCUCCUUCGAGCUGCACAUUCUCCCGGUCAUCAAAAACAUGGUUCAGGUAAACGAGAUCAUAGGCAAUCCAUUCAAGUUGCUGGAUGGUUUUGCGGCAGAAACGUCGGGCGGUCUACUGAUUUGUCUCCCUGCUGAGAACGCCGAAGCAUUUAUCAAAGAGCUACGCGAACUUGAUGACAAACCUGCGUGGAUUGUGGGCCGCGUUGUCGCCGGUUCAAAGGACGCCUAUAUUGUACCAAAUCCCACCAUUAUUGAUGUCUCUCCGGAAGACUAA